GACUUUUAUUUUGUUUUGGCGGUGUGGCGUCAUAAGGCGGCGACGCGGUCCUGUGCCUGUGAUUCGGCUUAAGAAAGUGUGUCCAAACACACAGAAACACACUCCUGGUGAAGCAACUGAGAUCCACGUGACGCACUAUUAUCAAGAUGGCGUUUAUUAAAGAUGAGAGUGAAGACAUGAAGAUUGAAGAAGCAUUCAGAAUGAAACAAGAAGAUACGGAGACACUAACAGAUCUGAUGGCACUGAACGAGGAGUGUCAAAAACAAAAUGAAAUGGAAGGGAAAGAUCAUUAUGAGAAAUGUCAUAGUUUCGUAAGUGGAGAAAAAUCAUUUAGUUGCUCACAGACUGAAAUAACUUCACAAAUAAGAGAUCAUAAAGCAGGAACUAGAAGUUAUUUUACCUGCCAACAGUGUGGAAAAAGUUUUACCCAAAAAGGAAGCCUUAAAGUCCACAUUAGAGCUCACAAUGAAGUGAGCUCUUUCACCUGCCAGCAAUGUGGAAAAAGUUUCAACAGAAAAGGAAACCUUAAUUACCACAUGAGAAUUCACACUGGAGAGAAGCCUUACACAUGCCCUCAAUGUGGAAUAAGUUUCACUCAAAAAAUAAUCCUCAAAAGACACAUUAGAAUUCACACCGGAGAGAAGCCUUACACCUGCCAAUUUUGUGGAAACCAUUUCAUUCGAAAAGGAAGCCUUAAAAGCCACGUCAGAAUCCAUACAGGUGAGCAGCCUUACAUGUGCCCUCAGUGUGGACGGAGUUUUACACAUAAACAAACUUUUAAUGCCCAUGUGAGAAUUCACAAUGGAGAGAAGCCUUUUACCUGCCAACAGUGUGGAAAAAAUUUCACUGAAAAGGGAAACCUUAAUAAACACUUGAAAAUUCACACUGGAGAGAUUUCUUUCACCUGCCAACAGUGUGGAAAGAGUUUCACUCAAAAAGGGAACCUUAAACAACACAUGAGAAUUCAUACCGGAGAGAAGCCUUUCACCUGUGAACUGUGUGGAAAAAGCUUCAGAGCAGAACUAAACCUUAGGAAUCACAUGAAGGUUCACACUGGAGAGAGACCGUUCACAUGUGAUCAGUGUGGAAAAAGUUUCAGACAUAAAGCAACCCUUAAUUCCCACAUGAAGAUUCACUUUUAAUUGUGAGCUAUAUAAUAAAACAAAUUAUUUUGCCAUCACUCUUAUAGAUACACCUGAAAAGCCAUGCACAACCUAAGACCCUGUUUUUGUUCCCUCUACUAGGUGUGCUGUGGUAUCUGGCACCAAGACGUUAGAAGCAGAUCCUUCAAGUCCUGUAGAUUGCGAGGUGGAGUCACCUUGGAUCGAACUUGUUGGUCCAGCACAUCCCACAGAUGCUCAAUUCUAUUGAGAUCUGGUGAAUUUGGAGUCCAGAUCAAUACCUUGAACUCUUCAUCAUGUUCCUCAAACCAUUCCGGAACAAUAGCUGUUUUCCCACUGUUGGGCCAAAAGCAACAGUUUCCACUGUCACUUCCGGGGCUUGAUCGGGCCUUGUCGGGGCUUCCUCAGGGCCAACGGCCAGGGUUUUUUGGCCCGCCGAAUACCUUGGUCCAAAGCGGGCCAACUGGGGCUUGAGGAGUGGCCAUGAACAGAGACGGAGUUUAUCUGAGUCAGGAGAGGGUCAACUCUGCUGCUCAUUUCCCAUGUUAAUAUAUCAGGCUACCAGCUAACGUCAACAUUUAAGAUAUUUUAAACAAUUCUCAGCUCAAAACUCACUUUCAUAAACCUGUCUGAAGGGUGAAGCCAUAAUGGAGCUGUUCUGUACACUGUGACCUCUCUACAAUGGUAACUUUCUCCUUGACCCAACAGACCAGGUUCUGAUGACAUGGCUAAAAGAUUUACUGUGUCCCAGAGCAAAUGUUAAGCUACUGUAUUGACCUAAUGGAAGAAAAUAUGAGGGACUACUUUCCUUGGCUUCCAAAGGAAAGUAGCUACAAUGCCCAAAUGCUUUAAAGAAUACUACCCAGGCACAAGAUGCAUCAUAGAUUGCUCUGAGACCCCCCUCCAAAGGGCCAGGAAUCUGGAUCCCCCUGCAGAGUCUUUUAGCCAUUAUUAUGCCCAGAACACUAUCAAGUACCUAGUGGCAAAUGCACUCUGUGGCCUAAUAAUGUUCAUCUCCCCAGUUUAUGGAGACAGAUGUAGUGACAAUUUCAUUACAUAUGACUCAGGGUUCCUGGAGUACCUGAGUCCAGGAGAUGAGGUCAUGGCUGACCGAGGCUUCACCAUCCAUUAUCUGCUGUCUGAAAGGAAGGUGAAGCACACAAUACUUGACUUUACUAAAAGGGGGCACAGCUUUCUGAAGAAGACAAGGAGGAUUGCUAAUGUGAAAGUCCACAUAGAGUGGAUUAUAUGCAGACUAAAUCACUUGCACACAAACUUGUACCAAAAAUAGAUAGAAUUCUGAGAAUUUGUGCAGCCCUGUGUAACCUGCAAGGUGACAUUAUCCAUGAAGAUAUUGAGUGAGAUAGACUGGAGUUGUCAAAAAAGCAGUCAGCUUUUCUGCGAAUACAUGAAGAAACAUACAAUGAAAUGUUCAACUGUAACAAGGUUUAUUAAAGGUACUUGUCACUUGAGUGCGAGGCAUUCUUCGUUUCCAUUUCUGGUGUGAUUGAGGGUGUGCGGAGUGCUUUAAGCGUUACUAUUAUGCCGCCAAAGAAGGCACUGACAGUCAUGGAAGGUGAUGACAUUUCUGCUGUUAAAUUGCAGCAGAAAUCCAUCCUGGACCUGGUGGAGGAAGUGAUGGGAUCCCGGCAAGCAGGUUUUCAACAGGUGGUUCCCUUUCUUUAAUCCAAGAGGAUUGAAAUGGACUCUGAUAACAGAGGCAUACCACCCUCUGCCCUGGAGAAAUGACAGCGACAAACCGGCUAUCUUCAUGAGAUUGAUCAACAGAAAACACAAAACUGCUCUGUUAAAACAAGAAAGGAAGCUAAAAGGAACCAAUGUCUUCAUAAACUAACAUUUGACUAAAUGAAACGCAGACAUCGCUAGAAAAUCGGGUUUCUUUAAGAAACUGGGAAAAAUUCAAAACACAUGGACCACAAACUGCAAAAUUUUCAUUAAACUGAAGUAAAGUUUUGGUGAUCAAAAUCAUUGAGGAACUAGACAAGUACUAACUGGACUUGGAAAAUGACAGUUUCUGAGAAUAAUUUCUUCUCCAAUAACAACAAUAACUGCUACAAUAAAUCUGCCAUAUCUAAAACAUGGAUCAAUGCUGAUAAAGGUAUGGAUUUUGAUCUGGAGGAGUAUGAAGUCAACUGUAUAAAUAGAAAUAAUAAGAAUGGAGGAGGAGUGGCUUUGUAUGUGGAUAAAAACUUGAAUUAUAAGGUGGUAGAAAGUAAAUAUUUAUGGAAAAAAAAGAAUGUUACCAUAAGGUGUAUAUAGAACACCAGGCUCUAGCAUUAAAGUAUUUAAGGACUGGAUAGAAGGAAUGUUUUCAAAAACUAAUAAAAAGUUAUUUUCAUCUGGGGUGAUUUUAACAUUGAUUUGCUAAAUCCAAACAAGCACAAAAUGACUGAUGAAUUUAUUAAUACAAUGUACAGCAUGAGUUUAUAUCCAAAAAUCACCAGACUCAGCAGAAUUACACUCCAUUGUGGCACCUUGAUUGAUUACAGCAACAUUAAACUAUUUAAAGUAAUGUAAUGUGCUGUGUUUGAAAGAAACCUGGCUAAAGCCAGACCAUCUAGUUUAUAAGCUGUGAUCAUAUAAUUAACAAUAAGUGCUUUUGAAGAAAGAGAUAUAAUAUUCAGCAACCCAAGCUUUAUGAUUUGUUCAUCUGUAUUAUAUCUGUUUUUUAUUUGUUGAACAUAAAUAAAAUCUUUACCCUUAAAUGGGUUUGAAAGUUUUUUGUAUUUACUAAUUUGAGAAGCGUCUCGCUGCAGCCUGUUGUGGACGUCCGACCCGGCCCACAUCCAAGUGUGAUGUCAGAAGCCACGCCCAUGCCCAAAUACGUCACAUUCUCAUUAACAUUGAAACAUGAAGAUGCAUUGAGAAAACAGUCAAACUCUCGGCUGAAAUGCAAUUAAAGGGAUAGUUCACCCAAA